CAGACCGGGAAGUCUGAGACAAAUGAAGACGCCAUCGGUCGUCAAAGGUCAGCAGACAAGAUGAUGCUAACGAUGAAGCUAGCAUUGCCGCUACAGUUACAUUGUCUCGUGGCCACCCGUGUGCUGCGUGGGCGGAGUCAGAAUGUCCCGCCAUGAGGGACGGCGGAUUGAUUCCUGUUUGCUUGUCACAUGAAUGUUUUUGUCUUGUGUAACCAUGGCGACCAGGUCACUUGAGGGAAACGAUGCUUUGACCUCGACAGUGGACAUGAGCGAUGUUACGUAACGACAAUACAAACAUUGUAGCGUGACGUUCAGAGGACAUUGUCGACGCUCACUGGGUGUCUUCCCGCUCCGCUCGUCUUUGUCCUCAUUCGUCCUCUGACGCACUCGCUCAGACGCGCGUCCAACCAGCUGUGCAAUCACACACACACACACACACACACACAUCUAUAAAUAGGUUGUGUGCUUGUCUUCGUACGCGGAAACAUUUCUCCCUGCUGUCAGCUCCUCGCUCGUCUUCUAGAAUACUAACAAGGCUCCUUGUCCUUCCUCCUCCCCUGGAAGAAGACGCCUCCUCUGUCCUCAUGCCUCAGCGUCACACAUUUGCUACCUUAAGACGAGACGUGAGCAAACAAGGCUAGCAUUAGCUUGCAUGGUUCAAAUUGAGAGCGCCGACAAGUGGCCUGGCAUGCACGUUGCAGCAGCUAGCAGGCGCUAUCGCAUGUUAGCUUAGCUACGCUUGAAAAGUUUUGCUAACUUUUCCAUCAGGUCGUCGCCAUGGUUACGCACAUAAUCAUGACGUCACUGGCAUGCCAAAGGAGCUGAGUCACGUCUUACACAUUUUCGAAUUUAACCACCGUGCCUCCCUUCCCACCCCCGCCCCCCCCUUGCCCCGAACCCCGUCUUUUCCAUCACUUGUACACUGCGCGUGCGCGAGAGGGCGUGUGACGGCAGCGAGGGCGUGGACGCGCGGCGAGGAGAGCGGCGCGCACGGACGCACGCUCGCCGCCUCCCAGUUACGGCGGAGGAAGAGGAAGAAGAAGAUGAAGAUGGAUGUGGUCUGAGCCUCGCUGAGACAUCAUGGGCUGCAUCGGAUCCAGAACCAUCACAGCCGAUGCGGUGCCGGUGCGGAAAGAUGGAGAUCAGGUACUAAACAUUUUCACUUCCUUUUGUCUUGACCCGUAUCCUUGUUGUCAUGAUGCUGCACGUGAACAAAACAAAACGCUCACUCAAGUGUCCUCCCAGUGUCUUCGUCUCUCUCUCGGAAAAGUCUUCAAAGUCCUCACUGAGGGAUUCAGCGGCAUCAGAGGGUCGGAAUAUUAGGAAGCGCUAUCUGACAGAGAUCAAUCAAUAGCAUUUUCUACUUGGUGCUGUACCUAAGCAUCAAACGCCGUCUGCAUUGACGUCGCUUGCCUUCACCUCAGUUCCCUGUGGGGGGUAGAUGAGGGAAAAUGAGGAUGAGAAUGGCGAGGAUGAUGUUGAUAAUGAUGGUGGAUGAUGAUGAUAAUGAGCAUGAUGGUGAGGAGGAGAAUGAUGGAUUUUGAGGGUAAUUAGGAAUAUAUUGAGGAGGAUGAGGGUAAUGAGGACGUGGAGGAGAUAGUGAUGAGGAUGAGAAUGAUAAGUAGGGGGAUGAGGAUGUAAACGUGAAUGUAAAUGGUGAUUUAUUGUUAUGGGGGGGGGUUGACACUGUACUGUCUUUGAAUGAAGAAAGUUGCCAUCCGUGUGGUCGCCAUGGUGACCAGAUGUCCUUCUUUAGGCAACUUUCUGUGUCCUUAAUCUGUCCUCUUUUAAUUCCUUCCUUUCCUAACAUCAUUCCUUGCUUCCUUGACCCCCCCCCCCUUCCCUCGCUCCCCACUAAGCAUGGCCGUGCCGAGUUUUCCUGGGAAGGGAUCAAUCUGUCCAUGGAGGACACCACCUCCAUCCUGCCGCGCCUCAAGAGGAAGUCCAACAACUCCUACGGGAUCGGCGCUCUGGCUAAGUCGUCUCUGUCAGGUGUGUCAGGUGUGACCCGCUCCAUGAAGGACAAGGUGACCAAGCCCACCGCCAUGGCGCAGGGUCGCGUGGCUCACAUGAUCGAGUGGCAGAGCUGGGGCAAACCCUCGGCCGGCCCGCUGGGGGGCGCCGGCCGCAGCAACCUGCAGCGGGAGAAGGAGAGGAGGAUGGAGAACGACGCCUACAGCGACCUCAGCGACGGUGAAAAGGAGGCUCGCUUCGCCGCAGGCAUCAUGCAGCAGUUCGCCAUCUCCGAGGCUACGCUGUUCGGGUGGACGUCCAUGGACGGCGAGAGCAUGGGCGCCGGCUCCAACCACGGCAGCGUGGCUCACCUCAGCGAGGUCAACCAGGAGAGCAUCACCAGCAGAGACCAAGUGCUCCACCACUCGUCCGCAGACGUCUGGCCUCACACAUACGUCUCGCAGGGCCUGUACUGUCUGUCGUCUGACGCCUGGGACCCCAUCACCAGUCAGCCUUCGGGUUUGGCGUCACCGGCUGCCGGCUCCUACAUCAUGGCGGCAGGUGGCGGCAGCGGCGCGGGCGUGACGCCGGCCGACGGCUACGAGGGCACGGUGGGCGGGUACCUCCAGCAGCAUCAGCUCAGCCUGCAGCAGCAGAAUCAGCUGCAGCAUCUCCAGCAGCUGCACCACUACCAGCAGCAGCAGCUCCUGCAGUACCAGCAGCAGACGUUGGAGCACAGGCUGCAUAGCGCCUCCCAUUCCCUCCAAGCUACGCCCAACAGCACCAUCCACAGCCUGGGUCCGCCCACCCACCCACGCCUGGCCGACCUGUGGGGGGCGGCGCAGGUCGAGGCCCACCAGGUGGACAUCGUGGGGCAGCUGAGUGGACAGAUGGCUGAACUGGUUGGCGGCGUGGUGGAGACGGUAGGGGAGGAGCCUGAGCCUGACUCGCUAAGCAACACCGAGCCCCGAGACGAGGAUGAACAGGAGCUGACCAAGGUGGAGGAGGUGACGCUAACCUUGGAGCCCGAGCCCUGCCCGCUAACCCCGUCCCCGCUGAAGGAGGACACGCCUUCCACGAGAGGUCCCAGCCCGGGAACGCCGGCACAGAUGGCCGAGCUCGCUUCUGAGAGGACGCCAUUUGACAUGACGCCGUGCGUCGUCCAGUCACUGGAGGAGAAGGAGGAGGAGCCAGAAGAGGGUGCCGUUGUUGUCGUCGUGGCGACCAAUUGAGACGCUGAGAAAAACGCUGGAAAUAAAUCAACCAAUAAUCACUCGAGCUAUAACCCAGCCCUUCCCCACCCCUUUGUUGACGGAUUAACCAGAACGUGGACCUGUGGGACGUGAGGAAUAUCAAACAAACGUUUGGACCUUUUGGACCAAAGACCUCAGCGACCAAGUGGACAGGAAGUAGAACCAUGAGGCCCGCUUGGGAAAAGCAAUACCAGAACAGGGACACACUAUGGAGUCAGACAGAACCUGCCAACAAACAAUAAGAGCACCACGUGUUUGCUUCCAGUUGCUUUGAGCGUCUCAACUUCCUGCUGAGGCCACGCCCCCAAUGCAACUUGAAGCCAACAUGACUCCGCCCUCACAAUAUUACACUCUAUACAAAGUAAUAACAUAUCCUAAUGCUUUUUUUUAUAAUAAAAGGGGAAAACAGGACAUGUACAUGUAUGUGUAUGAAUGUUGAGGAACACAGGUAGGUACAAAUAAAGUUUUCUUCUUUGAGCACAUUCAGCCAAAGGCCAUUUGGCCGAGUUUGUCGUCAGGCGCCUUGAGCUGCAUCGUCCAUCAACUUAAGUGAGAUGAGAUGAGCUCGCUGGCUGCAGACACAAGGUCGUCACGCAAUUUGGAGGUCGUUCCGGGGCUAGAGCCAGUCGUGAUCCACACUGGACUCAGCAGCUCCAUUAGUCCACCAAAAAAAAUCAAUAGUUCGUGGGCUUGAGGGAUUUUAAG